CUAGCUCUACUUUAAUCGACAGGCGGAACGUUGUUUCUGGAGCUCGUGUUUCCUGACCGACUCUUUGUUGUGGCGCACACGGAGAAUUCACAUGUUAGCUUGAAAACACCCAACGCUUUAUUAUAUUCUAUGUUUGUCUACAUUUAUUUUCAUCAGCUUGACCAUGUCAGCAUCAUUGAUCCGAAGGGGACUUGAACUGUUCAGCGAGAAAGAUGCAGUGAAGCACAGGCCGAAGAAGAGCAGCUCUCGUAAGAGUGCGCUGAUGAAGCGGAUCAGCACCGAUAAACAGGGCGUCCAGAAGCGGAUCCGGCAGAUCCAGAGACCCGGAGGAUCCUCGCGGAGAAGCACAAACACGGUCAAAGACAAACACGUCCGAUCCGCUCUGGACGAAUACAGAAAGAAACAGAAGAAGAGCAAACUCGGAUUAAAUCUGAAGUAUUUCCUGUCCUCUGCUAGUAAAACUCAGAGCAGCCACGCAACCAAGAUCGUAGAGCAGAAAUCCAGUCGCCGCGCUUGUCAUCAACCGGACCGACCCGCCAGAAAGCCGGCGGAGGAGUCCGUCUUCACGGAGGACGAGUUCCAGAAGUUCCAGAAGGAGUAUUUCUCAAAUCUAUAACGUCUGUGAGGACUUUAUCCCGCAGGACAGAGAUAUUAAUCCUGGGAUCGUCCUUCUGGAAUCGAUACUGGACCGCAGAUAUUGUGU